AUACUGAUGCUGGAUCCAAGAUGGCGGGCAUGGUGAAAAACUUUUUGUAUGCUUUCUGCGGAAAACGCAAAACACAGCCCAUCUAUUCAGAAAGACCGGCUGCUAGCGGAAAAUUCAGCUUCCAGGUCCAGGUAACUGGGUUCGACUAUGUUGGGUUUGGGACGGCUACCAAUAAAAAAGAAGCAGAAGCCAAUGCUGCAAAAGAUUUUGUUGGUUUUCUGAUUGGUGCCGGCUUCAUCCCUGCUGACUCCGUCCCUGAUGAAGUGCUGGCAGAAUCAGGUGUAGGCCCACCAGUUGCAUCAACACCACCUGCACCCCAGCCCGUGCCGAAUAAUAUGGGUCCACCCCCUCAUGUCAAUCAAGGGCCACCGCCAAAUUCUGCCAAUCAAGCACCUCCACCCAAUCCUGGACCUUCUCCCUCCUUCAACAGUCAAGGGCCGCCUCAGAGACUGCCUCUCCAGGGAUUCCUGUCUGGACCAGGCCAGGCACAACCACUAAUGCCGCAGCAGCAGCCAGAUAUGGGUGGUGGUUGGGGUGGGCAAGGCCAGCGAGAGUACCAUUACAGCAUGUACAACAAGAGAUCAUUUGACGAGGCUGAAGAUAUAGAUUUGGAUGCUCAUCUCCAUGGCAACUGGACCCUGGCAAACUCAAAGUCACGUUUACACCAGUUUCUCCAGCAGAACAGGCUGCCAGCUGAGUUCAAAUAUGGGGCUGUUGGACCCGACCACAAUAGAGCUUUCAAGUGUGAGCUUUCUGUGUUUGUGAAAAGCCAUAGAAGAAACAUCCAUGGUACUGCAAAUGCCUCCACAAAGAAGCAAGCUGCCCAGAGCUGUGCGCUGAGCCUUGUGCGUCAGUUGUUCCACAUGGGGGCUAUCGAGGCUGCCGCACCUGGACAACUGCAAGUGAAGAAGCUCAAGACAGAUGAUAUUCCACCCUAUGAUGUUGGGAUAAGCCCUGAGCUUGAACAGCAACUGGGUAAUUGUCUCCAGUCCCUAGGAAUACAGCCUGUUCCACAGUCAGCAAACCCUGAAGAGGAGGUCUCUCUGGUCCUGCCACCUGGCAGCAAAUUUGAUGUGGAAAAGCCAGAUAAUCGACGUGGAGUCAUCGAAUGGGCCCCACCAGACAGGAACUGGAAUCCCUGGAUCAACCAGCCAACGAUCAUCGAAGGCGCUGAAGAGUACCAGGCACCAAUUUUGACCAGUAAAGACUACUUGGAUGAGUACCAACAAAAGCACCAAUCAGACCCCACAUUCAAGGCCAUGCUAGAGCAGCGUAGUCAACUGCCCGUGUUUAACUACAAACACGCAAUUCUUCAAGCUGUUCACGAAAAUAGGGUGAUCAUUAUAAAGGGAGCUACUGGCUGCGGCAAAACCACACAGGUCCCACAGUUUGUGCUGGACGCGUUCCUGGAGAAUGGCCAAGGAGCAGAAUGUAACAUAGUCGUCACACAGCCUCGUCGUAUCAGCGCUGUUAGCGUAGCCGAGCGAGUGGCAGCUGAAAGGAGUGAGGCGCUGGGGAACAGUGUAGGCUACUCCGUUCGUUUCGAUACCAUCCUCCCUCGCAGCCAUGCAGCCAUGUUGUUUUGCACUGUUGGUGUCUUACUGCGGAAGCUAGAAAAUGGACUACACGGCGUCUCUCAUGUCAUUGUCGAUGAAAUCCACGAGAGAGACAUUAAUACGGACUUCAUCCUGGUGGUGCUACAGCAGAUGAUUCUGACCUACCCCGAUCUGCGCAUUGUUCUUAUGUCUGCCACCAUCGAUACACACAUGUUCGCGGAGUACUUUGGUAAUUGUCCUAUUGUGGAGAUCGAGGGGCGUUCCUUUCCGGUGCAAGAGUACUAUCUAGAAGACGUUAUCCAGAUGCUCGGCUUUGUACCACCACUCCCAGAGAAAAAGAAGAAGCGCGAAGAAAAUGAUGAAGACGACGAGGAAAAUUGUAACGCGAUCUGCUCAGGUGACUACUCGUUCCAGACCAAGAAUGCGAUGGCUCAACUCAGUGAAAGGGAGAUGUCUUUUGAACUCAUAGAGGCGUUGCUGAACUACAUCUCCGGGCUGGGUAUCCCUGGGGCUGUGCUGAUCUUCCUACCGGGCUGGAACCUCAUCUUUGCGCUACACAAACACCUCAAGAUGCACCCUCAGUUCGGAACUCCAAACUACCGUCUUCUCCCCCUGCAUUCCCAAAUCCCACGUGAGGAUCAGCGGAGAGUGUUUGAGCCUGUUCCGGAGGGCGUUACCAAGAUUAUUCUUUCCACCAACAUCGCAGAGACGAGCAUUACCAUCGAUGACGUCGUUUUCGUGAUUGACUCUGUCAAGGCUAAAGUAAAGCUUUUUACGUCUCACAACAACAUGACAAACUACGCGACCGUGUGGGCUUCCCAGACCAACAUGGAACAGAGGCGCGGCCGAGCGGGACGUGUGAGGCCUGGAUUCGCGUUUCACCUGUGCAGUCGCGCACGCGCAGACAGGUUAGCAGAGCAUGCCACCCCAGAGAUCCUCCGGACGCCGUUACAUGAGCUCGCGCUCACUAUCAAGCUCCUAAAACUUGGGGACAUCACGGCGUUCUUGAAUAAUGCCAUUGAACCGCCCCCUCUCGACGCAGUAGUUGAGUCGGUCGCCAUGCUCAAAGAUAUGGAAGCCCUAGACACGAACGAGAAUCUGACCCCAUUGGGUUAUAUGUUGGCCAAGCUACCCAUUGAGCCACGCCUCGGCAAGAUGGUCAUCCUAGGGUGCAUCUUCCAUUGCGGUGACGCGAUGGCAACCAUUGCUGCGAGUACCAGUUUCCCGGAGCCAUUUGAGACUCCCUCUGACCGUCGAAGACUGGGUUGGGUUCACAAGAAGUUCUCAGGGACACGUCACAGUGAUCACAUAGCCAUGCUCAGCGCAUUUCAGGCAUGGGAGGACGCAAGGUCAGUGGAUGAGAUGUCAGAGAUCCGCUUUUGCGACAGCCAUCAGCUGAACAUGUCCACUCUCCGCAUGACAUCAGAAGCUAAGCUGCAGCUUAAAGAUCUGUUGUGCAAUGCAGGUUAUCCAGAAGAAUGCAUGCAUCCACAGCCUUUCAACUACAGCGGCCCCGACUCCCGCCUAGAUCUGGUCGUGGCGCUGCUGUGCUUGGGGCUGUACCCUAACGUCUGUAUGCAUCGUGAGAAGCGCAAAGUGAUCACGACUGAGGGCAAGGCUGCUCUCGUCCACAAGUCCUCGGUCAACUGCACCAAUAGGGAGUAUAUCUUCCCCUCCCCCUUUUUCGUGUUCGGCGAGAAGAUUCGAACACGCGCCGUUUCGUGUAAACAGAUGACGAUGGUCAACCCCCUGCAGCUGCUGCUGUUCAGCUCAAGUCGCGUGUUGUCCUCCAAAGACGUCAUCUGUAUGGAUAACUGGGUUCAGUUGCGCAUGCCCCAUGCACAGGGAGCCAUGGUGGUUGCUAUGCGACAAGCAAUCGACAUGCUUCUUAUCCGGGCUGCUUCAAACCCAGUCUCCAUAGCCGAGCCUUUACCGGAAGACGAGCAGAUCAUCAACACCGUUAAAUCCCUGUCACGCAACAACGCCGGCAAGUUUAUCCAGGGGGGUCCACAGGGCGGGCCACCACCGCACUUCAGGGGAGGGCCAGGGCAAGGCCGUGGCGGUUUUCAGCGCGGCGGCAGAGGCUUUAACCCGCAGAGGCGUGGCUACCAAGGCCCAAGGCACUACCGCGGUGGGGGUGGUUACCAAGGAGGUGGCGGAUUCCGUGGGGGUGGAGGAGGGUUUCGUGGGGGGAGGGGUGGUUUUCAUGGAGGAUCGUACUAAGCCCUUAUUUGGUCUUUAUAAGAUAAUGGGGUCUUUGAACGUUAUACUUGCAAUUUAUAAUCCAGUCCAUGAAUUUAGCUCGGGUCUUCGGUGUGCCUGUGGUGUCGGUCUACCUCAGACUUGUACCCAGUCGUAAAAAAACGGAUCGCAAGGGAUUGGGUACGAGUCUUGAUCGGCGCGCAAAGGAUUGUGGGGCUUAGGUGAUCGGCACGCCCCACAAUUCUUUGCGCGCCUCGCUCUUUUCCUUUUGAGCGACUGGGUACGAGUCUGGGUCUACCUGUGGUGACAAACAUGAUAAAUGAAACGAUAAAUGGCAAUUGAGAGUUCCCCCCUCCUCCCUGUCAGGCUCUUUGUUACAUUCCUAUAAUGCACGGGCCGAGAGUAAACUACACGGACGCCAAUAGCAAUGAGUUUUGAUGCUAGUUAGAAAAAAAAAAAAAAAAUAUAUAUAUAUAUAUUCAUUUAUUUAUUUAUUUUUUUAAAUCAUGGUCUCGCUCCAUGGCCCCUAUAGGUAUUUUAAAAGCCUCGAUCAAACGGAGAUGUAUUGAUAAGAGUUCCAUUCUUAAUAGCUCUCACAGGGUACCGAUGAGAGCUGUGAGAGUUCGUAACAAUUGGUACCUUUUUUUUUCAAAAGUUAUUUGACUUUAGGGCUCACCAUUGAACCGAAAAUUUCACUUUUUGUGAGAACGGCUUAUCGAAAUGCCCUCAUUAACUCUCAUUUACGCUAUCAAACGGUGACAACUCUCAUCGACUCUCAUGUCGAAUUUGAACAUGUUCAAAGAGAAUGAAAGUCGAUGAGAGUGCGUGUGAGUGCACGGGCAAACGGAAAUGAAAUAGUUUGAACUCUCAUCAACUCACAUCUCUGUUUGAUCGAGGCUUUACGACCCCGUUUACACACCUUUGUUAUUGCUCUAAUCUCUUCACUGGUCCCUGUCCACCAACCUCUAGGAGCAGCGAUGAGUACCUCGGAAUAUCGAAAGUCUCGCAAAAAUUUCGCAAAGUCUUGGAAUCUUGGCGUCUCGAAGUUCCGAUUUUUUUAAUAUUAAGGGCCUCUUUUUUUUGUUUGUUUUUUUUUUUUUUUUUCUACCACGGUCUCGGAUUUUCAAACGCGACCUUGGAGCCUCUUAUUUUGUUAAACGCUAUCUCUUUCAUGUUUUUUAUAUCGAACGGGUUUCCCCUUGUAGCAAGAUUAUGUAUUGUAACUAUACUUAUUCUUUUUUCAACUGAUGUUUAAAAGUUACCACGAGCAGGUUACCCGAAAUCAAGCUCGGAAAAGCCCGGGCUCGGAUUCCGAAAUUGGACAAAAGGCUCGGAUUCUGAAACGCGGGUCUCGGCAAGUCUCGGAUUUAGCGAUCGCUACCCCAACGUCUGUCUUCUCAAUGUAUUCCCGCUGCCUUACUCCACCCAUUACCCCCAUCUUAUUGCCUACCCCUUCGCGAGUGUCCGCCUUUUUAACCUUUAACUAGGCACUUUCACACUUUCGCUGUUUUAUAACAGUGCAGCUGAUGGCGUCUUUUUCACUAAAUACACCAAUUUCAAUUAAUGAUGACUAUAAGAUAAUAGAAAAUGACAAAUAGCUUACACAACUGGUUAGAGAAUACAAGCCUUGUAUCUGCUUAUGGCAUUCUUAGUGAGGCUAUCUUAGGCUUCCUGAGGCCGAUGUAGUGAAUGCACGCAUUUUUAACACAAGAAAACAACAUUGUCAAUCAAACCAUCUUGUUAUUGUCAAACUUAAUUGAAAUAGGUGUAUAUGGGGGCGGAGAAGUAUUAUGGAAUACUUUAAUACUUUACUAUUCAAUAACAAUCGGGAACGUCCAAAAAAGACAGGUUUAUUAACCGUGAGCUUCGCACAGGUAACCCUGCCCUUAAGAGGAUGUGUCUGCUUAUAGAGUGGUUUUCAAAAUCACGUGCAACAAAAUGUAAUAGUUAAAGUGUUAUAGUCAAGCCAGAACAAAAGAGAACAAAGACAUUACAGUGUAUUAGUAUUUAAUAAACUAAAUAGUUUUUUGAAAACCACUCUAUUCUGUUUUACUCUAGUCAGAAAUAGUCCGAGGUUGAUAGAAGACCUUUUAAAUUUUCUUCAAUCAAUGAGGAGAUAAUUGAAGACAAAUAUAUAAUGCACUUUUAUUUCGCCAGUAUAGAUAUGCACCAUUUCUAAAAGAACCAGCUAAGAUAAAGGUUUGCAGUAAAUAAACAGAAUAACCAUCCACCCAA